GAAUGAUUGAUUUUCAUAGCUCGAACAAAAAUGCGUCUUAUAAACACAUCAUCACUAUGUCUCGAGGAAUUCUACGAUGGCCAUAUUCCAGCAUACGCAAUUCUUUCACACCGAUGGGGCAAGAAGGAGGUGACCUUUCAUGACAUGCAAGCUGGUAAUUGCAUGGAUAUAGAAGGAUUCGCGAAGAUCAAAGGAUGUUGUAAGCAGGCCGGACUAGAUGGUUGGACGUAUGUUUGGAUUGAUACUUGUUGCAUCGAUAAAGCGAGCAGUGCAGAGCUUUCAGAGGCUAUCAACUCUAUGUUUCAAUGGUACCAGAAAGCAGAAAUUUGCUAUGCAUAUUUGAGCGAUGUUGAAAAUCGUCCUGAUUCCUCAAAACCGGUAGAACUAGAAUCUAGUGAUUGGUUCAAAAGGGGGUGGACGCUACAAGAACUACUUGCUCCGAAAAAACUGGCUUUCUUCGACCGAAACUGGGAUCUAAUCGGUAGCAAGGAACACCUUCAAGAUGACCUUCGAAAAAUCACUGGAAUUUUGGACAUGGACAACUGGAGACGCGCUUCGAUUGCCCAAAAGAUGUCCUGGGCUUCUCGAAGAUCGACAACCAGGGUUGAGGAUCAGGCUUAUAGUCUUCUGGGUCUAUUCGAUGUCAACAUGGCUCCAUUAUAUGGAGAAGGCAAGAAAGCCUUCAUGAGACUUCAACUUGAGAUAUUGGCUGUAUCUGAUGAUGAAUCAAUAUUCGCAUGGAGAGAUCCGAGCGAAACAGGAGGGGGGUUACUAGCUCAUUCUCCAGAAGCGUUUCGCGACUCCGCUGAGAUCGUCUCCAAACCAUUUGACACGAUACAAAAAUGGAAUCCAAAUUCAACGAGAAGGCCACACCUAAUGACGAAUAAGGGCUUACAAUUAGAGUUACCACUUGCAACGCCUUUCACAGAUUGUUCUUGUGGUUAUGUCAGGCAUCUCGCACACGAAUCUUCCGCCUACCCAUCAGAUACCAAGCUUGCCCCUCUACAAUGUUGCUAUGAGGGGAAUACGAAAUCAGGUAACCCACACGUAUUAGCCGUAUAUCUCAUUCGCAAUCGUGGUAAUGAAUUCUCGAGAAUUGAUCCUGAGUCCAUCGAAACAAUUGACAUUCGUCAACUCGACAGAAGUCCACUCUCGCGUUUGAAAACUGAAAAAAGUCCGUGCCUAGACAAAUUUCCAGAAUCGAGGAUACAAGAAUAUAUGGAAAGUAUUUUUGUCAGGCAGCAUCAACCUAUCGAUGGCGUUCUUGACCCUUAUGAAGUUUUUGUGGAGACCAAGGCAUUUGCAGAAUUAGGCUUCACUAUGAUAACCGAAUGGCUAUCUAAUACUCGACAGACCAAAACAAUAAAAAUUAAGGAUGGAAUACGAGUGCAAACCAAUCAAUUACAGCCAAAUGGUAUGACGGCCAUAAUAACUUUCACUCAGGGUGGUAGUAUUGAAAGAGGCUACUUGGGAAUCUACGCGUUUGUUCUCAAUAUUACGAUUACUUCACGCGGACCUCUCGUUAGUUUGAUGGAAGUACCAGUGCAUCAAAAGCAAAGGAUAAUUGAGUAUGAGCAGGAGAGUUUCAAUGACGGGAGAUCACCACAUGCAGAAUCUUUGCUUGAACGACAUCAUGCAGGGGACUUGAUUGCCCCAAUACUGACUAAGGCUAAAGACAUUCCUCCUUGGCUGAAGUAUCGAGUCCUCUUUGCAUUCAAGGAAAGGGCUUUACAGACUCAUGUUAGUAAUGGAUAUAGCCUAAAAGACCUCUUCAGUGGGUUCUUGGCAGCAUUCUAAUGUAAAAAUUAAACAAUAUGUUAUCAUGCCAAACUUUAGAAUGAAUUCAAAUUAUAUUCGAUGCUUGGGGAUCA